AUGCCGUCAAACAUCCCUGCCAAGACUGAAAUCGAGAAGGCCAUUCGACGCGUCGCACAUCAUCUGCUAGAAACAGAUCCCGACAAUGUUACCGUGAACAGAGCGCGUCGAGGAGCCGAGAACGAGUUGGGACUCGAUGACGAAUUCCUUAGCAACAAUGCCCAUUGGAAGGCACGGAGCAAGGACAUCGUUCAAGCCGUAUUCAAUGGAGAAGCAACAUCUCCAGAAAAGCCCAAGAAGCCUGCUUCCAAACCCAAAGCGAAGCCUGCAGCGAAGGCAGGCACAAAGCGCAAAUCUAACGAGACAGCCAAGAAGCCUCGGAAGAAGGCGCGCAAGGAGGAUUCAGAGGAAGAAAUAUCAGAUGCGGUAAUCGACGACAGCGACGAGUUUGAGGAGAAACCAGCCAAGAAGCCGAAGAAGCAGGACAGCGAUGAGAAUGACUUCGAAGAGGAAGAGAAGCCGAAGCCGAAGAAGCGGGCACCUGCCAAGGGAAAGCCGGCCAAGAAGGCAGCAAGCGAUGAAGUUGUGGAUAGUGGGGCAUCUGAUGUUGACAUUGAGAAGAGCACGCCGGCCAAAGAGUCGUCGCACAAGAUCGAGGCUGUGAGCGAUGAGGAAGAAACGGCAAAGCCUGCGGACAAGCCAGCAAAGAGCGAGAGCGAGCUAUCAGAACCUCCCAAGACAGAAGAGGACGCACCGGCGGCCAAUGGCAAGGCGCCUGCGCUGGAAGACGACGAGAGCGAUCUCUCCUCUCUGAUCGAUGAGCCUCCGAAAAAGAAGCGCCAGAAGAAAUCGGCAGAACCCAAAUCAAAGACCACGUCAAAGGUGGCAGCAAAGCCGAAAGCAGCCAAGAAGGCGAAGGCGGAGAGCACUCUGUCCCCAGAUCAAGAAGAGAUCAAGCGAUUGCAAGGCUGGCUGGUGAAGUGUGGCAUUAGGAAGGUCUGGGGGAAAGAGCUCGCCAAGUGCUCGACAGACAAGGAGAAGAUCAAGCAUCUGAAGGGAUUGUUGGACGAUGCUGGAAUGACAGGACGGUACAGUAACGAGAAGGCCAGCCAGAUCAAGGAAGCUCGCGAGCUUGCCGCUGAGCUGGAGGCAACACAAGACUUCGCCGACAGAUGGGGCAAGAGCGAUGAGGAGAAUAAGACUAGGCCGAAGCGUGGUAAGCCCAAGAAGACUGUCGACGUCAGUGAGGAUGAGGAUGGCGGAGAAGCGGCAGAAGAGGAUGAGCCAAAGCCUGCUAGACGUCUGCCAAAGGGAUUGGUGGAUUUCGGUGACAGUGGUGACGAAGGCAGCGAUUGA